CACAACAGCAGCAGUAUCCCUGACAAGCAGUUCAUACACACAUCUGCUUAUUGAUGUUAAAGAAUGACAACUGACGGCCACAGAGCUCCAGUCUGUUAGUAAGGUUUACAUCAUUGUGGGUUUUUAUCUAACAGAGAAUGAAGCACACACAUCAGUGUGGCGCAAGACAUAUUUCACUUACCACCAUUGUGAAAAUAAAUCACGUUUUAGUUAAAAGGUAAGUUCUUUGGAAAGUUAUUUUCCUCUUUUCUGAGGUGGUCAGGUUUCCUAAAUGUUAAUCAGCUUGUCAGGACAGAUUUCUAUAUUUCGUGUUCCUCCCUGUAUGUUCUUGAAAUGAAUUAAAUUGGCUCUUACUCUGAAAGAAAAAAACAGAGCUUUAGUGAAAUGUUAAACUUGAUAAGAGUAACCUAACUGUCCUUGUUCGGAUUGGAUGGAAGUGUGGGCUGUAUUGUGGGAAAUAAAAGGCUGGCCAUGAGAAAAGAGUCGUGAUGUGUGACGUUUGGAGUUUUGCAGCAUGCCACAUACGUACAUGCCUCAUGUUAUAUUGGUUAUGAACAUAAAAGUGAGCAGAUUUGAUUUCUGUGCAGCUGUUUUCUGGGAGUGCCAAUUCAUUUUGAACAGAACAAAAUAAAAUGAGAUGCUAAGAUGUAUAUGAAGUUUUUCACGAUUACAACAAAUAUUGGGUGAAAAUUAAAAAAAAAAAAAGUCCAGAGAGACUGCUUACAGUUAAUACACCCUCCUCCACACACUGAUUGUUUGAUUAGGAAAGUAGGACGUGUGUGUGUGUGUGUGUGUGUGUGUGUGUGUGUGUGUGUAUGUGUGUGUGUGUUAGAGAGAGGGGAGGUUGUUGUAGCAGCAGACUAUCUCCAGUGUCCAUAGUCCACUGAGACCCCAGUCUGUCACCAUGUCAGAGUGGACGCUACAACUCUUUUUAUUCCUCAUAAUUUCUUAUUUCUACAACUCCAAUGGUCAGCUCAACGGUUUUCCAAGGUUCACACUGGUGGCCCCAGACCUGCUGAGGGCAGACAGCCAGGAGAACAUCUACCUGGAGGCCAGCGGUCUGUCCACCUCUGUCCCUGUCUCCAUCUCCAUCCUGGACUUCAGUAAAGCCACCCUGCUGCUGCAGGACUCGGCUACACUCAACCCAGAAAACAACUUCCACACUCUCAAGACUAUCGAGCUUACCUCUGAGCUGCUGAAUCGAGACGAUACGAAGAACAAGUUUGUGUACCUGAAGGUGACCUUUGAGGGCUACCACUCUGAGGAGAGGAUACUGAUGGUGUCCUUUCACAGAGGCUACAUCUUCAUCCAAACAGACAAACCCAUCUACAACCCUGGAGAUACUGUGCGGUGCAGAGCCUUGGUGUCAUCUCCAUCCUUCAAGGCCUUUGACAGCUCCAUCACGGUGGAGUUCCAGAAUCCGGACGGUGUGGUGGUCAAACAGACUGCCAGGACCAGAGCCAUCGACGGUGUCUUCCCUGACACUUUCGUUCUUUCAGAAAUUGUCAAUGAAGGAACAUGGAAAGUGAUCGCCAAGUUUGACCACUGGCCGCAGAACACAUUCAGCUCCCAGUUUGAAGUGAAGAAGUACGUGCUCCCUGCCUUCAAUGUUACCUUGACACCGAAGAAGUCCUACCUCAAACUGGACGACACGGAACUGGAGGUAGAAAUCUCAGCCAAGUACCUGUAUGGAGAGCCGGUCCAGGGAAAGGCGUACGUGGUGUUCGGGGUGCAGACGAACAACGAGAUGAGGCGGUUACCAACGGUGAAGCAUGUGUCUGAUGUGGAUGGAGGAGUCGUCAAACUGAGCAUGGACGAGAUCAGGAGCGCCUACCCCAACAUCAGAUCUGUAGUGGGCAGCUCUGUGUAUGUCAAGGCCUCGGUGCUCACCAAUUCAGGCAGCGACCUGGUUGAAGCUGAAAAGACUGGCAUUAAGAUUGUGGAGUCUCCGUACGUCCUGUCAUUCAGAGACAUGCCAAAGUUCUUCAAGCCAGGCAUGCCCUUUGACUUCACGAUCCAGGUGAGCCACCAUGACGGUUCUCCGGCCCGUAACGUCAAGGUCCAGCUGAAUCUGAUGGAUGUGCCGCUUCUGGUCAGCUCCGGCAAAACCAGAGCCACCGUCAACAUGGCCGCAGAGCUGCGCCCACAAAUCAUCUCCGCUGAGACCACAGGGGGGAACCUGAGCCCGGAGCAGCAGGCCAGAUACCAGAGCACGGUGCAGCCCUACAUGCCCCAGAGCACCAGCGAGCAGAACUACCUGUACAUCUCCACAGGGACCAACACGGUGUCUGCAGGGGACAGUCUGGCCGUGACGAUGACCAUCAAGACUGGAGAGCUGGCCCUCAGAGAAUUCAUCAAACACCUCACCUACCUGGUGAUCAACAAAGGCAAAAUCAUUGUGGCCAAGCGGAUGGACGUGUCCAGUCAGGUGAUCAGCAGCGUCGCCCUGGCGGUUACCAAGGAGAUGAUGCCAUCGUUCCGCAUCCUGGCGUUUUACAAAGUUCCCUGGGCGGGGCGAGACGAGGUGGUGGCUGACUCCAUCUGGGUGGACGUGGAUGAUUCCUGUGUAGGAGGGCUGAACGUUGGGCCGGCGGACGACAGAUAUCGUGAAUACAGUCCCGGAAAGCAGCUCAGGUUUAAGGUCAGAGGUGAUCCGGGGGCGAAGGUCAACCUGGUGGCUGUGGACAACGCUGUGUAUCUGCUCAGCAGGGAGAGACUGACGCAGAGCAAGAUUUGGGACGUGGUGGAGAAGGGAGACAUCGGCUGCACCCGAGGAGGAGGCCAAAACAGCAUGAAGGUGUUUUCAGACGCAGGACUGCUCUUCUCCUCCAGCUCUGGGGUCAAAAGUGACACCAGACAAGCUCUGCAGUGUCCAGCCAGUGCCAGAAGGAGGCGCUCUGCUGAACUGUUAGAGCGGAGAGCCAGACUGGAGAGUCACUACAAGGAGAAGCUGCUGCGUCGGUGCUGUAAGGACGGCCUGAGGGAGAUUCCCAUGCCUUACUCCUGCACGCGACGCUCCCUCUACAUCACCGAGGGCUGGGAAUGCAUCCGGGCGUUCCGCUACUGCUGCGCCCACUACCGGGACCAGGAGUUUGACACCAGGCGUCCCACCACCCCUCCACCUCUGACCACUCCUCUGCCCCUGACCACCACCCUCCCACCUGUGUCCAUUCAUCCAUUCAUGCGCUAUUAUUUCCCAGCAAGUGCAGGAGCUAUGCCCAACCGUUUUAAGGAUUUCCUAUAUACUACCUCAGUACGACAAGGACCACCUGGACUACCUGGACUACCUGGACCACCUGGACCACCUGGAGCAGCUGGACGUGUUGCACUUGCACGUGAAAUACCUCAACCUGAUCUGGUAUACCAGUAUGCAAGAGUAAUCCCAAGGUUUGAAGAAGAUCCGGUAACAGCGCAUCUGGACGACGACGACGACGAGUACCUGGAUGAGACUCAGGUGUAUCUGCGCUCCAAGUUUUAUGAGUCCUGGCUGUGGAAGGAUGUGAACCUGCCAGCCGUGGCUGACAGAGGUGACGGGUUGGCAUCCUUAAAUGUGGACUCGGUCUUGCCUGACAGCAUCACAGAGUGGGGUGUGCUGGCCAUCAGUGCAUCACCUGAUACAGGUUUCUGUGUCGCUGAGCCUUACAACGUCAAAGCAUGGAAGCAUUUCUUUGUGGACCUCAAGCUGCCGUAUUCAGUGGCGAGGAUGGAACAGAUCGAGAUUAAAGCUGUGAUCCACAACUACGACUCUCAGGAAAUGCGUGUGACAGUGGUGCUGAUGAAGACAGAGGGCAUGUGCAGCAUUGCCUUCAAUGAAAGACACACACAGAAAGUGACAGUGCCAGCCGGCUCUUCUGUGGUGGUGCCGUAUACCAUUGUGCCGCUGGUGGUGGGGAAACUUCCUGUGCAGGUGAUGGUGGUGGCCGGGGACUCCAUGGGACAAGACCGCAUCCAGAAAACGCUUCGGGUCGUGAUGGAAGGAGUGCAGAAGACUGAAGUCUGGACUGCUGUGCUGAACCCAUCUGCACAAGGCGGCACACAGGUGGUUCGCUAUCCCAGGGUGGAGUUGGAAUCUGUUGUGCCAAACUCUCAUCCUGAGACAUACGUCAAUCUCAGAGGUAACCUGCUGGCGGACAGUAUUGACAACGCGAUCAGUGAUGACUCCCUGGCCUCUUUGAUCCGGAUGCCUGGCGGCUGUGUGGAGCAGAACCUGGCCAGCAUCACCUUGCCGCUCAUCGCCACGCUCUACCUGGAGCGAAGUGAAGACUGGGAGAGCGUUGGGGUGGAGCGCAAGGCCGAGGCCCUCCGAUACAUCAGGAGAGGUUAUGAGAACCAACUUGCCUACCGCAAGAGUGAUGGCUCUUACCCCCCCUACAGGAACCAGGGCUCCAGUACAUGGAUCACGGCCUACGUGGUGAAGGUUUUCUCCAUGGCUCACUCUCUUGUUGGCAUCGACGAGAAGCAAGUGUGUGAUGCUCUGAUCUUCCUGCUGAAGAACAAGCAGAUGUCCAUGGGCCACUUCAAAGAGGACAACCCAGUCUACAGCACCACCAUGACUGGCGGUCUCCGUGGCAAAGAGGCUGAGACGACUCUGACGGCCUUCGUCCUCAUAGCAUUGGCUGAGGCCAGGGAGGCAGGGAUCAAGUGCAGCGGAGACAUUGACAUUCGGGCGUCCAUCCGUAAGACGGCUGACUACCUGAAGAGGGCGCUGACGAGACCGCUGAGGAGGCCGUACACGGUGGCCAUCUCCUCGUAUGCGAUGGCUCUGAUUGGAAAAGACGCACACUUCAACCCUGUGCUCCCCUUACUUGCAGCAGCAUCUCCAGAUAAAAGCAGGUGGCAUGACUCGGAAAACCACCUGUUCACCCUGGAGGCGACCGGCUACGCCCUGCUGGCCCUGGUGAAGCUCGGGCGCAUGGAGGAAGCUGCAGCACCCUUCAAAUGGCUGAACGACCAGCGGAGGAGAGGAGGAGGCUUCGGUUCCACUCAGCCCACCAUGGUGGUGCUCCAGGCCCUGUCGGAGUACCUGAUCAACAACCCCCCUCCACUGGACCUCAGCCUGCAUGUGGACGUCAGGGUACCGGGGCGCAGUGACCUCCGCUACCAUUUCGAACCCAAAACCUCCUACGUGGCACGCUCCUCCAAGGUGCCACUGGAUAAGGAGUUUGAAGUUGAGGCUCGAGGGAAUGGACAGGGAAUACUGGAGGUUGUGACUUACUACAACCAGCUGCACGAGGUGGACGAGAAAAUGCCCUGCAACAACUUCGAGCUCAGCGUUGCCAUCGCAGAGUCCAGCGAGAAGCCUCCAGCAGAUGUGGAGAAAUCUUACGAGAUCACCAUCAAAGUGAGAGCUUUAGGACCCAUGGAUGUCAGGAUGGUGGUUCUGGACAUCAGUCUGCCCACUGGCUUCACCCCAGAUAACUCUGACCUGGAGAUGCUGUCCAACUCAGUCGACCGCUACGUCAGUAACUUCCAGAUUGUUGACAACCUGAGCGACAGAGGCUCGCUGAUCCUCCACCUCUUCAAGGUGUCUCACAAAGAGCCAGAGAUCCUGAUCUUCAAGCUUCAGCAGAGCUUCAAGGUCGGCCUGCUGCAGCCCUCCCCAGUCACCGUCUAUGAGUAUUACAAUCCAGACCACCGCUGCAGCCGGACGUACACACCCAGCGAGGACAAGGACGAGCUCGCUCAGAUCUGCAGGGACGACGUCUGCCGCUGCACACAGGGCGACUGUUGCGUCACCAAGGACGACAGCCAGAACUUCCCUGACAAAGCACGAGAGACGUUCGCCUGCCAGACCUUACACCACGUCUUCCAGGUGAAAGUCCUGAAUGUCAGUCAGAGUAAUUAUGACAAAUAUGAGAUGGAGAUCACACAGGUUAUUAAGCUGGGCGUGGAGGCUGGGGUCGCGGCGGGCCAGAAGAGGUUUUUCAUGUCCCAUGGAAGCUGCAGAGAGGGCCUCAACAUGCAAGUGGGCUCCGAAUACCUGAUCAUGGGCCCCGAAGAGGACCAGUGGACCAUAGACAGCGACACCAACAGGUUCAUAUAUAUAUUAAGUAAGAACACGUGGGUGGAGCGCUGGCCUUCGUCUGCUGAGUGCUCGAGCAACCCCAGCCUCCGGGCUAAAUGCAUUGGCCUGGAGCAGGCUGCCUAUGAACUGUCCUUCAAUGCCUGCAGGGUGUAGAGGCCUACAGCCGCCGUCUGGGAUCAAAAUCUCUUUGUGCUGUUCUGUCUUUCGGACGGCAGACAAAUCGAUUGUGGACACAUGGAUUCAGUGAUUUAAUUUGGAAUUGAGUCUGUGCAAUAAGGUUAUGGGAUAUCCUGAGAUCAACCAGUUCUUGUUGAUGUGUUGGUGAGAAAUGAAACUGUUUUGUCUGUUAUGGUCAUACCCAAGAUGUCAUUCUGUAGUGUGCAAUGGACAUGCAAUGAGGUAGAACCAUGAGGUAGAACUGAGCACCACCAACAGACAGCACCCAAGUAUUCAUAAUCAGAGCUAAGAACAUCCUCAACAGUAUUACACCUCUAACAAAAUGUUACAGAUGUUUUUAAGAGUAUGCGUGGGGAAAUUAGGGCAUUGUAGCAAAAUAAUAGUAUUGUUAUCAGAUUUACAGGACAAUGUGUGUGUAGUUUACAGAUCUAUGAACUUACAAGCCAGUUUAUGCAGAAUGUGCAAAUGAAUCACUGGCUACAUGUUAUUAGAUUGUCAAAAUUAUGAAAAGUCCCCUGUAAAGGAGGAAAAAUAUAUAA